AUGUCGUCGCCGAAGAGGAUCACCCUGAAGAGCUCUGAUCCCGCACUUUUCGAGGUUGACGAGACGGUGGCUCGCGAGUCGCAGAUCAUCAAGUAUAUGAUCGAGGACGAUUGCGCCGACGAAUGCAUUCCUGUACCCAACGUGAAGGGCAAUAUCUUGGCCAAGGUCAUCGUGUACUGCAAGAAGCACGCCGACGCUGCUAAGCCUGAUUCGAAGAUCACCGAGUACGAUCUCAGGGCUUGGGAUCAGGACUUUCUCGACGAUGUUAACCAGGAAACCAUAUUUGAUCUCAUUCUUGCUGCAAACUUCUUGAACAUCAAGAGCCUGCUGGACCUGACAUGCCAGCAUAUUGCAGACAUGAUCAAGGGGAAGACUCCGGCAGAGAUCCGAAAGACCUUCAAUCUAAAGGACCAGUUCACCCCAGAGGAGGAGGAGGAAGUUCGUCGUGAGAACCAGUGGGCAUUCGAAUGA